UAAAAUGACAACAGCAGCGAGGCCAACGUUUGAACCUGCAAGAGGAGGAAGAGGAAAAGGUGAAGGAGACUUAAGUCAGCUAUCCAAGCAAUAUUCCAGCAGAGACCUUCCUUCUCAUACUAAAAUCAAAUACAGACAGGCCACUCAGGAUGCUCCUGAAGAGGUGCGUAACCGUGAUUUCAGAAGGGAGCUGGAGGAGAGAGAACGGGUCGCUGCAAGAGAGAAGAAUAGAGACAGACCAACCAGAGAACACACAACAUCAUCUUCUGUGUCUAAGAAACCUCGGCUAGACCAGAUUCCUGCAGCAAAUCUUGAUGCAGAUGAUCCACUUACUGAUGAAGAUGAUGAAGAUGAGGACUUGGAAGACAGUGAUGAUGAUGACACUGCAGCUCUUCUGGCUGAACUGGAAAAAAUCAAGAAAGAACGAGCUGAGGAACAAGCUCGAAAG